ACCUCACGUGUGUGUAUCGAGGGGAUUCCAAGGACAGUAAUUCUAAAAGACGCCGAGUGCUUUGUUAUUGUUAUUUUUAUUUCUAUUUAUUGAAGAAGCAGGCGUAAACAUUCUUUGCCUUACAGGUAACUACGUGGUUUAUCAAAUAGUUAUGCAUUUCUUUGUGCUUUUCUGUGCUGCCCUUCUGUUUUAAAGCCUGUAUUUGCGCCGUUGUUUGCUCUAUUUGAGCUGGAUUCGCUGCUGGGUCGAGGUGGCAUCAACGCCAUAUUUCCCUUAAAAAUAACCACAGACUGCGAGACGCGGCGACUUAAAAAGAGGACUGCCCUCAGCCCCCUGUCGGAGAGGAUGGCACAGGAGACCAACCAGACGCAGGUGCCCACGCUGUGCGCCAUGGGCUGUGGCUUUUACGGAAACCCACGCACCAACGGCAUGUGCUCCGUCUGCUACAAGGAGCACCUGCUGAGGCAGCAGGGCCGGAGCAGCCCCCCGGCGGCCUCCUCCCCCUCCUCGGUGGUCAGUGGGUCCGGGGGGUGCAGUGUCUCGGGGGAGAGCACCCCAGUCCAGUGCACAGAGGGGAGCCCCGAGUCUGAAGAGAGCAAGACCAGCACCCCCAGUCCCGUCACUCAGCAGAUGACAGCGAUGAGCAUCUCCCGGGACGACAGCACGACUGAGCCGGAGCGAGGGGGCAAGGAGGUGGAGCAGCAGCAGCAGCAGGAGGAGAAGGUGGAGGGCGGAGCAGCCAAAUCAACAGGUUGCUCUGGAGCAGUUUUGGAAGCGGCGCAGUGUUCCUCUGAAGGGGAGGAGAAGACACCAGACAAGGCGAAGAAAAAGAACAGGUGCUUUAUCUGCAGGAAGAAGCUGGGUCUAACAGGAUUCGAUUGCCGCUGCGGGAACCUGUUCUGCGGGAUCCAUCGCUACUCUGACGAGCACAGCUGCCCGUACGACUACAGGGCAGAGGCAGCAGAGAAGAUCCGCAAGGAGAACCCCAUCGUGGUGGCAGAGAAGAUCCAGAAACUGUGAAAACGUUACGUUCCCGUGCAAAAAAAAAAAAAAACGAAACUAAACAAUACUGACAAUGAAACAAACCUGAGGACGAAACAAGUCGUUGUGGCACAUCUUGAGAGAACCCGAGAAUGCUUUCCUGUACUAACUAGGGGCGUCCGCAGCGGGGGCACAGGACAAAUGGACAACGAGAUUUAUAAGAAAAACAAACAACAAAAAAACUGAAAAGAUGUGUGUGUAUAUAUAUAUAUAUAUAUAUA